AUGAAUCAGUCCAACAGGAGAAGAUUGAGGUCCUGCAAAACCCUCAGUGUUAUCCUGGUGACUCUUGUUUGUUGGAUCUGUUGGCUUUCAGUGAGCAGGAAUCAUGAGGUCUGGAAGAGAACCAUUAAAGAAGAAGAAACAGAUCUUCAUUCUCCGCACGUACAGAAGUCCUCUUAUGAGUCCAGAACUGAUUUAGCCAUGAGUCCCUCCAUCAGAAUACACAAGGAUUAUUCAAGAUGCAUUUACAUAGAGCCAAACCCCAACCUUACCGCCAACUCCACCCAAACCUCCACUCUCACCAAAGCCCCUACAGAACAAGAAAGCCCACCAAGACCUGGAGAAGCUCCUCACAGGACAGCGUAUUACCCAGAAGAUCUCUUUACGUUAGAAGAGCGCAGACACGGCUGGGUCCUUCUUCAUAUCUCUGCUAUGAUUUAUAUGUUCUUCGCUUUAGUCAUCGUAUGUGAGGAGUUCCUCGUUCCAGCUCUUGGGAUCCUGACAGAAAAACUCCACAUCCCAGAAGAUCUCGCAGGUGUGAACUUCAUGGCCGCUGGAGGUUUUGCACCCGGUUUCUUCAUCUCACUCGUCGGGCUGUUUCUCUCCAGCAGUAACGUUGGUAUUGGAGUCGCCGUGGGUUCUGGAUUUUUCAACAUCCUCGCUGUUAUGGGUGCGUUUGCAGUGUUCUCAGAUGAGACUCUCAGUUUGACCUGGUGGCCAUUAUGUAGAGAUGUGACCUUCUACACGUGUGACCUGUUCAUCCUGCUUGGGGUUUUCCUAGAUGACAUCAUCACAUGGUGGGAAAUUGUGUUGCUUCUGCUGGGGUGUUUGGUGUAUGUGAUGACCAUAAAAUACAAUGAACUGCUAGAAGAUAUUUUCACAUUUUACCUUCAGAAACACAACAACAUUGCUAAAGUUUUGGCCAUUGAUGAACCUGAGAAGAUGACGGCAUGUUUGUCCUGUGGUGGCUACUGUAGCUUUUCUAUGCCUUUUGAAAUUGGGGAUGAGCGGGGACGAGGAUCAGACUUUCUGCGUAACUGCACCUCACGCAAGACCGUUUAUCAGCUUAUUAUAGAUGCCACCAAUCCACUUAGAGAAGGUGUCAGCAAGAAGAAACAUGAUGUUAAAUCUGCACAGUCAAACCUAACAGAGGCUUCCAGACACGAUGAUGAAGAACAGCAGACCACAGAGUCUGAGAGCAGUGAGGAGGAUGAAGAUGAUGAUGAUGAUGACAAUAACAGUGGUGAUGAUGACAGUGAUUUCUCCAGUGAUGAAGAAGACAGUAGUGGUGAUGAUGAUGAUGAAGGUGCCACUGAUUUGGCACUGUCUCUCAAAUGGCCAGUGGAGAAACGUAAACAGGCUCCAUAUGUUGUUUUGUUGCCCAUCACAGGCUGUCUGUGGUUAACCCUUCCUGAUCCCCGCAGACAGGCUUCAAAGCAGUAUUUUAUGGGCACAUUGUUUGGAUCUUUCCUGUGGAUUGGACUGUUCUCCUAUUUCUUGCUGUGUUUGUCUCAUUGGGUGUGUGAAACUCUUGGUUUAUCUGAGGAUGCGAUGGCUCUGACCGUCCUGGCAGCAGGUGUCUCGGUACCCAAUCUCCUCACUGCCGUUAUAAUGGCACACAACGGUUUGGGUGGCACAGCUGUGUCUAACUCUGUGGGUACCAACGUGUUUGACGUCACUGCCGGACUGCCGGUGUCGUGGCUGAUGUUAUCUGUGUUCAGUAGAGAGUCUGUGGUGACGGUAAACAGUAAUGGGAUCUUCUUCAUCAUUCUUCUGAUGAUCUUCACGUUGAUUUCUGGAGUCUCCUGCGUUGCUGCUUUUCACUGGAGGAUGAACAAACGUUUGGGUUGUGUUAUGCUGAUGUCAUAUUUCCUCUUCCUGUUUCUGAGUGUGAUGUUAGUAUGAAUGAGUUUGUUCUUUAAUGAAACUCU